UCAAAAAGAAAGAUCUAAAUAAAAAUUAAUUAUCCAAAUAUCUUGUAUAGUCCUAUAAAUAGUGAACACUUCCAUAGAAGUGAGCAAGCCACAAGCAUUUCUCUCAUUGUCCAAAUCAAAAGUAGCAAAAAUGUUUUCAGGAAUUACAGGUAUCAUCAACAGGGGUGAAAAGUUAAAGGGAACUGUGGUGUUGAUGCAAAAGAAUGUGUUAGAUGUGAAUGAACUCACUUCAAUUAAAAGUAACCCAGUUGGUGGUAUAAUUGGUGGUGCCAUUGGUGGUGCCUUUGGUGCUGUUGGUACUGUUCUUGACACUGCUACUGCCUUCUUAGGCCGUAAUGUGGCUCUUAAAUUGAUUAGUGCUACAAGUGCUGAUGGAAGUGGAAAAGGAAAAGUGGGAAAGCAAACAUUCUUGGAAGGUGUUAUUACCUCCAUACCAACAUUAGGAGACAAGCAAAAUGCUUACAGUGUUCAUUUUGAAUGGGGCAGUGACAUGGGAAUUCCAGGAGCAUUCUAUAUUGAGAAUUUUUUGCAACAUGAGUUCUUCCUUGUGAGUUUGACACUUGAAGAUGUUCCAAACCAUGGAACCAUCAACUUUGUUUGCAACUCUUGGGUUUACAAUGACAAAAAAUACAAAAGUGACCGCAUCUUUUUCGCUAACAAGACAUACCUUCCAAGUGAAACACCGGCUCCAUUGGUGUACUAUAGACAAGAAGAGUUGAAGACUUUAAGAGGAGAUGGAAAAGGAGAGCGCAAGGAAUGGGAAAGGAUCUAUGAUUACGAUGUCUACAAUGAUUUGGGUGAGCCUGACUCGAAACCUACCUUGGGUCGUCCAGUUCUUGGAGGAUCGAGCACCUUGCCUUACCCUCGAAGGGGGAGAACAGGCAGAAAACCAGCUAAAAAAGAUCCUAAGAGUGAGAGUCGGAGCGGCACUGUUUACCUUCCAAGAGAUGAGGCAUUUGGACACACAAAGUCUUCAGACUUUCUUGCUUUCAUACUCAAAUCAGCAUCUCAAAAUAUCAUACCUUCCUUGAAAUCUGUAGUUAGCAAAGAGUUUAACAACUUUGAAGACGUGCGGUCACUUUACGAUGGUGGAAUCAAGCUACCUACCAAUUUUCUUAGCAACGUUAGCCCAAUACCAUUGUUCACGGAACUUUUUCGAUCUGAUGGUGCAUCAACCCUUAAGUUUUCACCACCUAAAGUGGUUCAAGUCGAUCAUUCUGCGUGGAUGACUGAUGAGGAAUUUGCAAGGGAGAUGAUUGCUGGAGUGAAUCCACACAUCAUCAAAAAACUCACGGAGUUCCCACAUAAGAGCAAGCUAGAUAGCCAAAAAUAUGGAGAUAACACCAGCACCAUAACCAAAGAACAAUUGGAGCCAAACUUGGGCGGGAUCACUGUAGAACAGGCUAUCCAAAACAACAAAUUGUACAUCCUUGAUCACUAUGACAUAGUAUAUCCAUAUUUGAGGAAAAUAAAUGCAACUGAGACAAAGGCCUAUGCUGCUAGAACCAUCCUUUUCUUGCAAAAUGAUGGAACUUUAAAGCCACUGGCGAUUGAGCUAAGUAAGCCACAUCCUGACGAUGAUAGUUAUGGACCUGUUAGUGAAGUUUACUUCCCUGCAAGUGAAGGUGUUGAAGCUUCUAUUUGGCUACUUGCUAAAGCUUAUGUAGUUGUAAAUGACUCUUGCCAUCACCAACUUGUUAGCCAUUGGUUGAACACUCACGCUGUUGUUGAGCCGUUCAUCAUAGCAACAAACAGACACCUUAGUACGGUUCACCCUGUCCACAAACUUUUACUUCCUCACUACCGUGACACAAUGAACAUAAAUUCACUUGCACGGAAUGUCCUUGUCAAUGCUGAGGGUAUUAUAGAAUCAACAUUCUUGUGGGGAGGAUAUGCUUUGGAAAUGUCUGCUGUUGCAUAUAGGGAUUGGGUUUUCACUGAGCAAGGGCUACCUAAUGAUCUACUCAAAAGAGGAGUGGCUGUUGAGGAUCCAGCUUCACCACACGGCAUUCGCCUUUUGAUUGAGGAUUAUCCUUAUGCUUCGGAUGGACUAGAGAUAUGGGCUGCUAUCAAGACAUGGGUUGGAGAAUAUGUGAGUUUCUACUACAAAUCAGAUGCUGCCAUUGCACAAGAUGCUGAACUCCAAGCAUUCUGGAAGGAACUUGUAGAGGUGGGUCAUGGUGACUUAAAGAGUGCCACAUGGUGGUUUAAGAUGCAAACUCGUGCGGAGUUGAUCGAAGCUUCCACCAUCCUUAUAUGGAUUGCUUCAGCACUUCAUGCAGCUGUUAAUUUUGGACAAUACCCAUAUGGAGGAUACAUCCUUAACCGACCAACUAAGAGCAGGAGAUUCAUGCCUGAGAAAGGAUCAGCCGAGUAUGCUGAGCUUUCUAAGGACUACCAGAAGGCAUAUUUGAAGACAAUCACACCCAAGAGUGAUACCCUUACAGACCUUACCAUUAUUGAAGUCUUGUCAAGGCAUGCUUCUGAUGAGCAAUACCUUGGGGAGAGAAUCGAAGGUGAUCUUUGGACUUCUGAUGCACAGCCAAAAGAGGCCUACAAGAAGUUUGCAAGGAAGUUGGCUGAAAUUGAGGAAAAGCUAGUUAAAAGGAACGCUGACGAGUCAUUGAGAAACCGAUACGGGCCUGUGAAGAUGCCAUACACUCUGCUUUAUCCUUCUAGUGAAGAAGGAUUGACUUUCAGAGGCAUUCCCAACAGUGUUUCCAUCUAGAAAAUGUCAUGGUUUGUUGUGUUGUUUGUUGCUAUGAAUAAUUGAUGAGAAGGAAUCCAAUUCCCUCAUCCUCCUAUGUAUGGUCAUGUUAUUAUGUAUGUUUGUUUGCUGUAAUGUCUGUCAUCAAUAAAAACUACCAUGUUUGUAUCUUGUACUUGUAGUGUGAUGAUGGACUUGCUAUAUCAAAUGCAGACUUCAUAUUUUGAGAAAA